GUAAGCCGUGUACUACCUGUACGUGAAACCGGACGCCAGUGUCGAGGGACUCGAGGAUGGAAAUUUUCGUUUAGUACUAAAAUAGCCACCAUCCAAUUGUUCUGCUCAAAUCAAUAAUUUUACCGACAGUUUUUCUUCAAUACGUCACUUCCUACGCCCCUGUUAUUAACAUAAUAUACACGUACCCCAGUGUAUUUUGCUUAUCGAAAUUGAAAAUUUCCACAUCAUACCGGCCAUUAGGAUGAGUGACCGUAGAUUCGGAUUCGCCAGCAGUCAAUUAUUCCAGCAGCAUCAGCAACAGCAGCAGCAGCAAAACCGAUGCACGCUGUGCUUGACGGAGGACGACAGGAACGGGCAGAACACGACGGUGGUGUGCCAGCACAACGCCAGCGUAGAGUCUGCGUUGCAUUAUCUGCGCAACUACGGGGCCUCGUACGGUUCGUCGCCGUACCAAACGCAGGACUUGUUGGGGACGACAAACAACUCCGCGGCGGUAGGACAAUCGCUCGCAUUCGGCGGCGGAUGCUCGCCGCCCGUCUCCCCCAACUACUACACGCUGGCCGAAUUCCUGUUGCGCAUGAACCGCAUGCAACAGGACAACGGCGGUGGCGGUGGCAACCAUCAUCACCAUCAGGUGCGUCAACCGCCGCCGCUGCAGCCGCCGUCCGGCCGGCCGCACAAACUCAAGUCCGAGAUGGGCUGUCUGCGCGAGUGCGCGUUCUGCAAGAGCAACGGCGAGACGGCCGAGUUCUACAAGUCGCACUUCCUCAAGGAUCCGGUGGGCCGCGUCAGGUGCCCGAUAUUGCAACGGUACCAGUGCCCAUUUUGUUAUGCAACUGGUGAAAACGCACAUACAAGGCGUUACUGUCCAAAAAAUCCGAACAAAAUGUGCUUUAUCAAAGGUGAACAAAUUGUUAAACAAAACUUGCAGUGAAAAUAUAAAUAUUAUUGUUAUAUAUGUUUAGUAAAUAUAU